AAAAAGCGCUUGGUUUGAGAAUCACCGCAGAGAUCUCGUCGUCCUUCUCAGCCCUUUUCAUUUCGGCAAGAAGUGUGUCUCCACCAAACUUCCUGUGUGGCGUCAAGCUCAGCAGUUUGAUCGCGAGCGGUGCGCGCACAGAAGCGCGCCCGCCCGUCUUCUGGUAUCGGAACCUGCGGCCCACAUGUCCAACGCAGCAGUAACCUGCCAGCCCGGCACCGGCGGCUACGGCACCAACGUCGACACGGGACGGUGGAGCACGCGACUCUGCUCCUGCUGCAACGAUUUGUCGACGUGUGAAGUCGGCUGCCUCUGCCCGUGCAUCCUGGGCUGCUACAUGGCCAACAAAUAUGGCGAACACUGCUGCUUGGGCUGCGUGCCCGGCGGCUUGACGGCUUUGAGGACCCACAUGAGGCACACGUAUGGCAUCGAGGGGACAAUUUGCAACGACGCACUCAUGUUGUUUUUCUGCGGCCCCUGCGAGUUGUGCAGAAUGGCCAGAGAGAUGCGCAUCCGCAAUGGAGAAACUUCAGCGUAAUAGCAAAAGAAUGGUGGUCAUCCCCAGAGAAAGGAUUCAGUCAAGACUGGGGGGAGGGGGGGGGUCAACAAAUGAUUAUCUGGGGCAAGGGUUGUCGGUUCACACCCUUAAGAUUCUCUUUGAUUGACUAAAGAUGCAUGUAAAUGAAAUGUCACGUUGGCAACGUGAUCAUAAUAAAGAUUCAUUUGUGUGCUUGAAUGCACUCAAGUACCAACCCAA